UUCGCCUCCGAUCGUCUCCGGAGCAAGUAUCUCGCUACGAUCCUCUCUCCCUCGAAACAUCACCAUGAAACUGCUGAUGCUGCUGGCGCUGGCGGGGCUGGCGAGCUGCAGCACAACCCUGAUCGGAGGCGACCGCGCCAGGGACGUCUCUCUUCGCUACAAGUACUACGACGACGACGGCAAGGAGAUCCAGGUGGAGGUGGAGGCCGAGAGGCUGGGACUCGGCCUCGUCGGCGGGGCGCCCCGGAAGGCCGCGGUCGCCGCCCCUGCCCCUGCCCCUGCCCCUGCCCCUGCCGCCCGCCUUGCCCCCGUGAGUGCUGUCCCCCGACCCCAGACGCGGACACGCUUCGUCCCCGUGGAGGCCGCCCCUGUCCGUCGGGUGGAGACCCGUUUCAUCCCGACUGAGGUGCAACUCCAGCCUCAGGUGCGCACGCGCUUGGUCGAGGUCGCUCCGGCUCCCCAAGUCACCCACUACGUCCAGGUGGAAGCUCCCAGGGCCCGCUACGUCAGACUGGACGACGACGACGAUGACGACCUCCCGGUCUUGUUCCGCGCAUCAAGGCCCGUCGCCCCCCCUACCCCCGCCCCCUUGCAGCGCUUGGCGCCCCUGCGCUCCUCCCUGGCCGCCGUCGACACGGUUCUCGCUGUCCCUGCCCGCAGGGUCUCCUACAGCAGCGAUGAGGAGUAGGCAGGACUCGCGGCACGCCGUGCGAUAGCCUGCACAGGAUUCUUCUUUAUUCUUCUAAUCUUCUUUCAAAAAUUAUAAAUUAAUUCUAAAUGAAUAAAUGCAAAAGUAAACCUA